AUGUCUAAUCUCUUCGACGGAGAAGCGAAGGGUGAAGUCAAGCAGCUUCGCGACGAUCUCGAUGGCAACGAUCCACAGGUGAGAAAAGUCGCUGCAAAGCGCGUCAUCGCCUUGAUGAGACAAGGUGAUAACGUUCAAUGGCUCUUUUCCUCUAUGUUACGGUGCGUUAAAACCAAUGACUUGGAGCUCAAGAAACUCACAUACUUAUAUCUCACUACAUAUUCAGCGCAGGAACCAGAACAAGCAAUUAUGGCAGUCAACACAUUCAUUCAGGACUCACAGGAUUCAAACCCAUUAGUCAGAGCUCUUGCUGUCCGUACAAUGUGCCGCAUUCGCCUUGAAAGUGUAGCCGAAAAUAUGAUUCUUCCACUUAAACAGAGAUUAGCCGAUACCGAUCCCUACGUUCGCAAGACAGCCGCAUUUGGUGUUUCAAAGUUAUACGACGUUAUUCCCGAAGCUGUCGAAAAUGCCGGAUUAUUUGCCGAGCUUCUCAAACUUUUGAAGGAUGAAAAUCCAAUGGUUGUUUCAAACACAACAGCCGCAAUCUGCGAAAUCAACGAGAAGAGGACCACACCAAUCUUUGUUCUCAAUGGUGAGACAGUUGGUCCAAUCCUCUCUGCAAUUACAUCCUGCUCCGACUGGUGCCAGACAGUUAUGUUCGAUGCCCUUGCCCGCUACAAGCCAGAGUCCUCUGAAGAUGCUGUAUACCUCAUCGACCGCUUGAUCCCAUAUUUGAAGCACGCCAAUCCAGCAGUUGUUAUCGGCGCAUUCAAGUGCAUCUUCAACUUCAUGGAGAAGGAUUCCCGUGGUACAAACGAAUUAUUCACACAGAUCAUUCCUCCAUUCAUCACUCUUGUUACUUCAGCAGAACCAGAAAUUCAGUACAUCGUACUUAGAACACUUACUCUCUUCGUCCUCAAGUAUCCAAAGGCUCUCUCUAAGGAAAUCCGCGUAUUCUUCUGCAAGUACAACGAUCCAUCUUACGUCAAGAUGCAGAAACUCGACAUCAUCGUUACAAUCUGCGCCCCACAGACAGCUCAGCUUGUCUUGGAUGAACUCGCGGAGUACUGCAAUGAAGUUGAUGUCGCUUUCGUUAGAAAGGCAAUUCGCUGCAUCGGACAGAUCGCAAUCAAGAUAGAAGCCGCCGCCCGCCGCUGCGUAGAUAUCCUCGUCUCACUCGUAAAGGGUAAGGCUGACUACGCUAUCGAAGAAUCUGUCAUUGUCGUAUGCGACAUCCUUCGUAAGUUCCCAGGUAUCUUCGAGUCAAUCAUCACAAUUGUCUGCCAGAACCUCGAAGCUAUUAAGGAGCCACGCGCUAAGGCUGCAGCUAUCUGGAUCCUUGGUGAAUACGCAUCCCGCAUCGAUUCCAUCGAUGUUCUCAUAGAUCCAUACCUCGAUACAUUCCAUGAUGAGCCACCUCUUGUCCAGCUCCAGAUCCUCUCCUCUCUGAUCAAGAUCUACAUCGAGAAGCCAGAUGACACCCGCGACCAGUUGCAGUACAUUCUUACAGAGGCUACUAAGGACAACAAUGUCCCAGAUGUCAGGAACAGAGCCAUGAUCUACUGGCGCUUGCUCUCAUCCGACUCACAGUCCGCUAAGGACAUUGUCAUCUUCUCUAAGGAGACAGUUGUCCACAGUGGUGCUCAGUACGAUGAUGCCGUUCUCAAGGAGCUUAUGUCCAACAUGGGCAGCGUUUCCGGCAUUCUCCACGUUGUCCCAGGCGAUUUCGUCAAGCGCACAAGAUUCAGCCCAGAUGAAGACGAUGAUGUUGUAGAAGACUACGAAAUCCACAACUGGAUGCCAAUGAAGUUAAACGAUACAACAAUUGUUGAUGCCCUCUUCGACGCCAGCCAAACAACACUUUUCUUGAAGCUUACAAACAAAAUGCCAGCUCCACUUACAGAUUUCGCUCUCGCUGUCGACAAGAACGCUGUAGGCCUCACAUUGAACGGCCAGGCCAACUUCCCACAGACACUCGACUUCGGAGCAACUUGCGAGGUUCAAGUACCAAUCAAAUACGACGCAAACGCUGCAUCUAAAUUCGAUACUCCAUUUGUACAGCUCGCUAUCAAGACAAGCGCUGGAAUGGUUAUGGGUAUGGCCCGUAUACCAUUCGAGUUCGCUACAUUGCCAAGCGGAGACAUCGGCCAGGAUAAUUUCAGAACAGCCUUCAACUCUUACCAGAAUAACGCUGAAACAAGACUUACAGGAAUGACACUCGCUGAUACUGGAAAACUCGCUUCAAGGAACUUGUUCGUUGUAGGUUCCUCGAAGGGACACCAUUAUGUCUCUUUCUCAUUCAAGAAUCAGGCAUUCGUGGCUGAGGUAUUCCAGGAGGGCAGCGAUAUUGUUAUUCAGCUUAAGUCUGACGCUACAACCAUGAUGCAGGGAGUUAUCGCUGAUGCUAAAUGGCUCUUCGCCGCUUAA